AUGGACCCUUCCACCUCCCUCUCCUUUCUCCCGCUCAGCAUUACCAUCCAUUACCUACCUAAACAUCCCACCUCCCGCUUGAGACUUCCAAAUGUACCGGUUUCUGAUCAAUUUUGGCUGCGAAGAACUUGCCAUCGAGUUUUCGGAGAAGACGAGAACGCCACUUUUCCUACACUCACGCUAAGUCUUAUUGAGGACUCUUACCAGGAGUGCCUGAAACGGCUCUCAACCAGCGACGAUUCAAUCCUUGCAGUAGACCUAGACGAUAUCGUGCUUUGGGACUCAUACUGGAAUACCUGGAGAAGUCUGAGCUAUGACUUGUCGGUACCGAAGCAAAUCACAGAUAUGUUUAGUCGGUCGUAUAUCCAUGGAAUGGCGGCUGAUCUGGCUGAGAAUAAAAGUAACGAUGCAUAA